CGGCGCGACCUCCACGUUCUGACCCAAACGUCUUUUCCCUCAUCAUCACCCAUCCCCAGAUACCCCAGAUCUUUUAAGUUCUUCUUUUUCUUCUCCAGACACUUCCCUCCAACCAUCAUCAAAAUGGCCUCCAACGGUACAAACGGCACCAACGGCGCCACGGCGCAAUCAAAAUUCGACCCCAACUUCACAGACCAUGUCAUCGGCCUCAUGAGCCCCGAGACCGACCCUCGCCAGCGUGUCAUCCUCACCUCUCUCAUUCGUCACAUGCACGAUUUCUGCAGAGAAGUCGAGCUCACUCAGGACGAGUGGAUCAUCGGCGUCAACUACAUCAACUCUCUUGGCCAGGCCUACAAGAAGAACCGCAACGAGACAUGGCGCGUCUGCGACAUUCUCGGAAUUGAGUCUCUCGUCGAUGAGAUCAACCACAAGGUCGUCACCGAAGGCGGCAAGGCCCCUACAUCCUCCAGCAUUCUCGGUCCCUUCUGGUCUCCCGAGACCCCCUUCCGCGACCUCGGCGCCAGCGUCGUCCAAGACAUGCCCAAGGACGGCCAACUCACAUUUUUCCACGGCGUCAUCCGCGACGUUGAUACCGGAAAGGGAAUCCCCAACGCCGUCUUCGACAUGUGGCAAGCCAGCACCAACGGCAAAUACGACGCCCACGACCCCGAGAACCAAUCGCGCCACAACCUUCGUGGCAAGUUCCGCACCGACGCUGACGGAAAGUUCUGGUUCUACUGCCUCAAGCCCACCGAGUACGCCAUCGACACAUCUGGUCCCUCCGCCGAGCUCCUCAAGAUCAUGGGCCGUCAUCCUUACCGCCCUGCUCAUAUUCACAUCAUGGUCACCCACGAUGAUUACCUCGGUGUUACUGCUCAGCUGUACCCCAACGACGAUCCCUAUCUCGAGACCGACACUGCUUGCGCUGUCAAGGACGAUCUACUCCUUGACUUCAAGCCUGUCAAGGAUGAGCCCAAGGGCGCUGUUCUCGAUGUCGAGUACAAUGUCAACCUUGCUUCCAAGAAGUACAAGCCUGACAACACCAUGUUGAUGCAGAACGCCAAUCAAGACAAGUUCUAAGCAAAUAAAAAAGAAAGAGAAGGGAAAAAAAAGAACGAGGCAUGAGGAUGUAUAUACAUAGCAUUGAAUGAGUGGACUUUAGCGUUUGAUUCAUGUAUUCGAUGACUACUAUAGUACUAAAUAGUAAGAGAUGAAAAUUACUGCA